GUACGGUUAGGACAAAAUUGCGUGGUCAGGUAAAAUAGAGGACAGUGUUGUACUACGGUGAAGAUCUGAGUACAACUUCUCUAUAACAACUUCGUGAAAGCCGUUCAUUUGAUUUGGGCCAUGGAAGAAGAUGAUGACUAUGAGAGUUUACCGCCGUCGUCGACGAUGACCACGCACAUGGUUGCGGGAGCGGCGGCCGGGGUUAUGGAGCAUUGCGUCAUGUAUCCAGUGGACUGCGUCAAGACGAGAAUGCAGUCUCUUGUUCCCGACCCGAAGGCCAACUACCGGAGCAUGCUGGACGCUCUGACGAAGAUCGUGCGGUACGAGGGUAUUCGGAACACACUGCGGGGGAUCAGUGCUGUGAUCUCGGGGGCGGGACCCGCCCACGCCAUGUACUUCGCGUGUUACGAGAAGAUCAAGAAAGUCAUCAGUGGCGGCCAACAGGGCAACCAUUUUGCUAAUGGUGUGGCUGGGUGUGUGUCCACUUUAUUACAUGAUCUCGUUAUGAAUCCAGCUGAUGUGGUGAAACAAAGAAUGCAGGUUUACGGCAGCCCAUACCGGACAUGCAUGCACUGCGGCAAAGUGAUUCUUAAGAAAGAGGGAAUGACUGCAUUCUACCGCAGUUUCACCACACAGCUGGCCAUGAACAUUCCCUUCCAGGCGAUUCACUUCAUGACGUACGAGGUCAUGCAGGACACACUGAACCACGAUCGCCGCUACAACCCACAGACGCACAUGAUAUCUGGUGCCCUGGCGGGGGCUGUGGCCGCGGCAACCACGAUGCCACUGGACGUGUGUAAGACGUUGCUCAACACUCAGGAGCAGUGCGCCAAGAAGCGGGUUACGUGCAUCAGCGGGAUGUCUUCCGCGUUCAGGACUGUGUACGAGUUCCAGGGAUUCCUCGGGUAUUUCCGCGGACUGCAGGCCAGGGUUGUGUACCAGGCCCCCGCCACAGCAAUCUCCUGGUCCGUGUACGAGUUCUUCAAGUACAUCAUCACCGAGCACCAGAAAAAGGACGACUCUCACUUCCUGGCUACACCCAUCCACGCGUCACCAGCUGUGGUGCCUAGAUAGAUCACAACAUAACUCGGCCUGUCUUUCUAUGUAACACUUGAGUCAAACAAAAUGAUGAUUUGGUUACUGCUGAAAUUAAGAGUGUAUUAGACCAUCAGUCAACCUAUCAGGAUGGUUAAUGUCACUAAUUACUAUUUUUGGGGAGUAUUCUAGUGUAGAUUUAAUACAAAGAAUUAAGACAUCUGAUUCGUCAGCGGGAUGUUUUUAAUACAUCAGUUAAAUUGUGGUUACAAGAAAAGGCAUUUUCUACUUUGGUACUAACGUAGAUAAAAGGUAAACUAAAUGAUCACUGCCAUAACAUACUGGAAUACGUUAUUUCAGUGAAGCAUGAAACAAGAAAACUGGCUUGUUUGAAACCAACCAAAAAUAUUGAAAUAUAUCACGAUAUUAAAUUAAAUUAACCAGUUGAUUGAGGAACUGAAACUUGUGUGAUCAAACAAAGUACACUAUUAUGUAACAGUCACUAUUAGGCAGGAAAAAGAUGGUUAUCUACUCACUAUUAGGCAGGAAAAAGAUGGUUAUCUACUCACUAUUAGGCAGGAAAAAGAUGGUUAUCUACUCACUAUUAGGCAGGAAAAAGAUGGUUAUCUACUCACUAUUAGGCAGGAAAAAGAUGGUUAUCUAGUCUCUUCACUGUCAUUUUCGUUCAGGGUCUGUUAUAUGCACACCAAAACUUGCUUUUUGCAUUUAAUGUGUCCAGUAAGAAUUGUUUAUUUUGGGGUAAUUUAUCAAUACAUAACAGUUACAUAUUUGAUUAAAUGGUAAAUAAAGUGAUUAUAUAAAUUAAAAAAUGUGACUGUUAUGUAUGCCAAUAAAUUUCUCCCAAAAUUGAGAACAAUUCUAAAGCAACCAAUAUAGUAUCCAAUUUUUAUAUAAUUUUUUUUCUUCUUCUUCUUUACUGCAAAUCCUCAUCUGCAAUGGCAUUAUUCAUCAAAAGAUAAUAAUGCACAGGGUUGUUUUGGUGACUUCGUAUAACAGCCAAAAGUUUCUACUUCUAAUAACUUUAGAAACAUGAUUCUUAUACUCAAGAUAAAAAGAGAAAUAAAAUCACAGAAAAGAGAAAUUUACCAAGCAAACAUUUAAACAAAUAAAACAAUUCAAAGCGUCUUCUGAAAAUUUAUAUAAAAAGUGUUUUUAUGCAUCUAUAGCUCUUUGCAUGACUAAAUUGAGAAUGAAAGUUUAUUGUGGUUUAUGUUUGUACUGUUUCUUAUGUCAUGAAUUUCAAUUGCCUGCAAACAGUAUGGUAAUUUUUAGCUAUUUUGUUUUCACUUUGUGGUGCACUUAAACAGUUAAUAGUUUGGUAAAUACCACAUGUACAAGUAUACCACUACGAGGAAGUAACAAACUCGUGGUAUUUGUGUUACUGCCGUUACUGCCAUGUACAUCCUCAUCUGGUUGUCGGAUGAAGAACCUGAGCAAGCACCAUUACACAAUGCAUUCAUAACCUUCAAUGUCAAUCAGUUUUCCACAAACCGUUUGAUACAGACGUAACCAUAUGCACUGUAAAAAGUAUUCUAGUUCUGGAUUGUUAAUUAAGAUUAUGGUGAUGUAUUUUAAAAAAAAAAAAAAAGCAUAAAUGUGGCUUCUGUUUUUCUUUUUUUGCUUUAUUGUAAUGAAGAUCUGUCUAGUUAGGACUGUUACAUUGAAGGCUCAGUUGUGUGGAUAUAAUGCUAAGAUGUAAUGUGUCGGAUUUCUAUCACAUUUCAACUUCUUUAUUGUGUGCAUUGAAAAAGUGCUAAAAAUAACUUAUUGAGUAUGGUAUAGAGAUUCAACCUUUUAAGGAUCUUUUCAGCUUCUUUUUUUUAAAAUGGUUAUCACAACCUUGCUGAUGUGCUGAAAAAAUUACAAAAUGAGUCACUAUAACUCAGAUUGUCAUUUUGACUUAUUUGAACUUAUUGUUAGUAAUGUUACUUUAUUAUUAUGAAUACUUUGUCUAAUUGAUGAGGUAAAUGUAUCAAAUUAACUAAUUAUUUUCAGUAACAGUAGAGUCGAAUAAUGUCUGCAACAUUUGGUAACAAUGCUGCUAUUUUAUUUAUAACUGGUUUUAUUUUCACAUAACUGAAUAGUGUCACCAGUGUUUAGGUUUCAGUGAUGGGUUUUGUUUGAUUGUGAGGAAAUAGGUCGGGAAUAUUCAGCUUUAAAUGUACAGGCUUGGUACAGAGCUGGAUGGGUUAGUCUCAUUUAUAGUACAAAAAUUCAAAACGUUGACGAACUACGGUGAAAUGACAGUAAUAUUGAUAAUGGAGGCAUGUUUUGGAGAGCAGCCAGUGGAGUGUAGGCUGGUUAGUGUACCCGAUGUUCUGUCAAUGUAAAGUGAUGGCAUCAAUGUUGUUAUCCUCAACAUGCCACUGGUUGGCAGAGUAUGUAAAAAAUAACCAUUUGUUUUAGUUUGUGUCUAAUACUUUAUGCAUGUCUUUUGUUUUAGUUUGUGUCUAAUACUUUAUGCAUGUCUUUGUUUUAGUUUGUGUCUAAUACUUUAUGCAUGUCUUUUGUUUUAGUUUGUGUCUAAUACUUUAUGCAUGUCUUUUGUUGUGCUUACCGUUAUUAUUUUAGAUAGAACUUGGUUUAGAUAUAUCCAAAUUAAAAUACCCAUUUUUAUUUAGUCAUAAACAAUAUAUAUAUAUAUAUACUGAAUGACAAAAGAAAUACAAAUAAAUGCAAAUACCCUGUAUAUAAUCCCAACAGUGUAAAUUAUCAUGUGAUGUGAAUUAAACAAACUUCAUUUAGGGCCAUUCAAAUAUUAUGUAACGCUCGAGAAGGUGGGUAUGUAUAUGUUCAAACAUUAUGUAGCAAAAUAUUUUGUUGGUGGUUUUUUUCCCCCCCAAAAAUGGUGUCACAAUGACAAUGCUUAAUAUAGGUAGUUAUAGUUAGAUGUAAACACACAAUAAUGAUUAUAAGUAGAGUAGAGUGCUUUCCCAAAUAUCAUAUGAGCACACCAUAGUAUGACUUGUUUGUGAAUGGGAGGGGGGUGGUCUCCAAGUGUUAUGUAAUGGGUGGGUGGGUGGGUGUGGGGUCUAGCGUUACAGAGCAUUGCAGGGGGAGGAAGGGUGUCUAAUGUUGACAGAUAUAGCAUUACUUAAUAUUUGAACGGCCCCUUACAUGUCCGGUGGCUUGUAAUGACAAGAUUUGACAAUUUCAGUGUUGUUCCGUUUCACCACCAGGCUUCGAAUAAGUGGAGAACAGCCAUUCACCAUACUAGGUACAUUUUUCUCAACACAGUGUUUUGAACAGAGACACGUGACCACCACCUAAAUGUUGAUCAGUUGUGUUUAUAUAUAAAUUGCACACACCGGUAUGAGUACAAUGAGAACAGUGACAUGAAGGAAUCAUGAAGUAUCAGCGUGUUUAAUAAUGGUCAUUUUAAACUUAAUAAAUGUCUUGUAACCUGUAGAUUACUUGUGCAUGGGUUAGCAGGCACUAUAUUUGUUUUGAUGCCUGUAAAACAACACAUUUUAUUACUAAUUAGUACUUUGUGUUUCUUUUGUCACCUAGUAUAGCUUGUGUGUAUGUAUGUCAUCUGUUGGGAAGCUUAUAGUAAUCUUUACUUAUUAACAUGGUUGGGGUGAACUGAUCCUGUUUGUUUGCUGUUAACCUAAUUUACAAAUGUAUUUUUUAAUAUUAUGAGUCAAGAUUUGUUUACAUUUAUUGAUGUGUGUCAGAAUGAUUGUCAGAACAAACUAAAACCGUAAAACAAUUCUGGUUUGCUGUAACUAAAACAUAUAUUGAACACUAUUAUUUUCCUUUUAGAAUUUGGUUGAUGUUUAAAAAGCUAUUGUUUGAGAUAUUCUUGUAAGAAUUGGUUGCCAUUUGAUGUUCUACAACACAGUAUAUAGCAUGUGUUGUAAUGUGUAACUAAUUGAUAUUAUUUCCAACAUGGUAUGAUAUAAGACCCAUUUUUGAACUUUUGUUUUGAUGCUGUGAUGACUGUUUUCCAUGGAAUUUUUAUGCAAAGUGAGAAGAGUUAUCAGACAUGUUAACUAUCUGUAAAUAUUACUGAUAACUUGGUCGUGAUGAGUAAUAUCUCUAAAUAUUACUAAUAACCUGGUCGUGAUGAGUAAUAUCUCUAAAUAUUACUGAUAACCUGGUCGUGAUGAGUAAUAUCUGUAAAUAUUACUGAUAACUUGGUCGUGAUGAGUAAUAUCUGUAAAUAUUACUGAUAACUUGGUCGUGAUGAGUAAUAUCUGUAAAUAUUACUGAUAACCUGGCCGUGAUGAGUAAUAUCUGUAAAUAUUACUGAUAACUUGGUCGUGAUGAGUAAUAUCUGUAAAUAUUACUAAUAACCUGGCCAUGAUGAAAAUAUUACUGAUAACCUGGUCAUGAUGAGUUGCAGUAAACUAGUACUGUUUCUGUGGUUAACCUGGGAAUUGUAUCAAACACCAAAGAAUUGCAAUGUCUGAUUAUGAAACAGUUGUGAAAUUUAAGUGUGAACUUGCAUAUUGUAUGUUGAUAUAUUUAGUCAUGAAAAGGAAUGAAUUCCACCAUUUGUUUUAUAUAUUAUAAUCAGAGAAAAAAACUUCAAAACUUCUUUAUAGUCAUAUUAGACAAACAUUUAGACAUAGGAAUGAAUUCCACCAUUUAUUUUAAUAUUGUCAUGUUUCAUGUGGUUCUGUUAGCAUGUGUCAGAGGAAGAACCUUUACACUGUUAGCAGCCAUUUUGUUUAUUAAGUGAACCAGUAGGCUACACACAGCAAUUGUUUUAAAGUGUGUAUCCACUGUGCUGGUUGAUGAUUGGUCAAAUACAGGGUGACAGGUUUCCUGUGUUAUGGUUGAGGUGUUUGUCAAAAGAUGAAACUUUUACACUCCUGUCAAUCAUGCAUUUACAGCUUUCUCAUUGGGUGAUUGACAAGUGUCAGAAGAUAAGACUUUUACACUGGUGUCAAUUAUACAAUAUACAGCUUUCUGAUUGGAUGGUGGGUGUGUUGGAAGAAGACUUUACCAUACUUGCCAAAAAUUGUACAACUUUCUCGUUGGAUGAUUGAAGUGUGUCAGAAGAUAAGACUUUUACACAGGUGUCAAACAUUCAGUAGGCAGCUUUUUCAUUGGAUGUGUGGGAUGAUAAAAACAUGUCUCUGUCAGUAGAUCAGACUUGACCAGUUCAGCCAAUCUAUCUACAGCUUUCUCAUUGGGCCACGGGUGUGUUGGGUGAAGACUUGCACAUACUGUCAAAGUGGAUGAUUGAUAUGCGAAAGAAACAAAGUGUCAAUCAAAUUACAGCUUCCUCAUUGGAUGAGCAAUGUGUGUCAGAAGAUAUACUUUUACACAGUUGUCAGCCAGUCAAAUUACAGCUUUCUCAUUGGAUUAUAGGUUUGUCAGAAGAUAAAGACUUUUACAAACUUGUUAUUGGAUGAAAAGUGAAUCAGAACGUAAGGAUUUUGCAGAUUUCUUGACUUUUACAAACAAAAUUCCUAAAACAACUUUAACAUUGACUCUUUGGUGCAUCACAAUGUUUGAAGGUAUAACAUGGUUUUGAACAGAAUCUGGAAUAGAUAAUGAACUUUGCUAUGCAUUUCAAACAGGGAUCUCGAAACCAUUUUACGGAUAAAAGUAGCAGCAGCAGGCCACACGAGGUUUUAAGGAAAUGAAAGCCAUCUUGGAUGUCCAGUAUAGAUUUGCCAGCACGGACUGUUCCAUGAGAUGUGAAUGCGCAGCAUGAUAGCUGGCAGCUGUAUGUGCUUUGACA